GCGUUGCGGUGCAGUUUUGGGCUGCCCUCCUCAAACUAUCCCUCUCUCCUUCCAUCGUCUUCGUCUUCGUUUGUUUUGCAGUUCGGAUCUCCGACCAUUUACCCUCUAUGUCCUUCCCUCUCCUCUUCAAUUAGUAUUCAUUUUUGAAAAAAAGUUUCAAAAAAAAAAGAGAAAAACCAGAAAAGGAAUUUUCCAGCAAAACCCUUUCAGUAUUUUGUCUCUACAGAGAGAGAGGGAGAGAGAUUUUUAGUUCGAAUUCAUCGCCCCUGUUCUCUACGGUCAUUCGUCGAGCAACUAGUGUGGCUUUCUUUUUGAUAUCAGUUUAGAAGCGAGGCAGAGAGUAGUAUUUGAUAUUUCUCUCUUUUUUUUUUCCUCUUAGGGUUUGUUUCAAUAACAAGAGGAGAGGGAAGAAAAAAAGAAAAAAAAGCAAAAAUUCAGAAAAAAAGAAGUGCAAAAAAGGAAGUCGGUGAGGUUUAGGAUCGAUUAAGGGUUUUUCUUUGUGGAAAUGGCACAGGUUCAAGUUCAGCCUCAAGCUCCUCCUUCUUCUGGCCCUAAUGCAGCGGGCAACACUGGGGCUAACUCAUUUCUGUCGACGUCUCUAUAUGUGGGAGACCUUGAAUUGAACGUGACGGACUCGCAGCUUUACGAUCUGUUCAGCCAGCUUGGUCCGGUAGUGUCGGUUCGUGUUUGCAGGGAUUUGAGCACCCGGCGGUCCCUUGGGUACGCAUAUGUUAACUACGGCAGUACUCAAGAUGCGGCAAGGGCAUUGGAUGUACUUAACUUCACUCCUCUUAAUGGAAAGGCCAUUCGCAUAAUGUAUUCUCACCGUGACCCUAGUAUCCGUAAAAGUGGGACAGCUAAUAUAUUCAUUAAGAACCUAGACAGGGCAAUUGACAACAAGGCACUGCAGGAUACCUUUUCUGUGUUUGGGAACAUUUUGUCUUGCAAGAUAGCAACAGAUCCUUCUGGCCAGUCAAAAGGCUAUGGAUUUGUUCAGUUUGAUAGUGAGGAAGCGGCCCAAAAUGCCAUAGACAAACUUAAUGGCAUGCUGAUGAAUGAUAAACAAGUUUAUGUUGGACCCUUUCUUCGUAAGCAGGAGAGAGAAUCUGCUAUGACCAAGACAAAAUUCAACAAUGUUUAUGUAAAGAAUCUCUCAGAGACAACAACUGAAGAAGAUCUGAAGAAAAGUUUUGGUGAAUAUGGACCAAUAACUAGUGUGGUGGUAAUGAGGGAUGCAGAUGGAAAAUCCAAGUGUUUUGGAUUUGUCAACUUUGAGAAUGCAGAUGAUGCUGCUGAAGCUGUUGAGAGUCUUAAUGGGAAGAAGUUUGAUGAGAAGGAAUGGUAUGUUGGGAAGGCACAGAAGAAAUCUGAAAGAGAACAAGAACUGAAAGGGCGAUUUGAUCAGAGUGUGAAGGAGGCUGUAGAUAAAUAUCAAGGGGUGAACUUAUAUGUGAAGAACUUAGAUGAUAGCAUUGGUGAUGAUAAGCUGAAGGAGCUGUUCUCGGAUUUUGGUACAAUUACGUCAUGCAAGGUUAUGCGAGAUCCUAAUGGAAUAAGUAGAGGUUCUGGAUUUGUUGCUUUCUCUACUCCUGAAGAAGCAUCACGAGCUCUUGCUGAAAUGAAUGGCAAAAUGCUUGUAAGCAAACCUCUCUAUGUCGCGCUUGCACAGAGGAAGGAAGAUAGACGGGCAAGAUUGCAGGCUCAAUUUUCUCAAAUGAGGCCUGUUGCGAUGCCACCUUCUGUUGCUCCUCAUGUGCCAAUUUAUCCUCCUGGUGGUCCUGGUAUUGGACAACAAAUAUUUUAUGGCCAGGGUCCCCCUGCUCUGAUUCCUCCUCAGCCUGGAUUUGGAUACCAGCAGCAACUUGUUCCUGGGAUGAGGCCUGGUGGUGCUCCCAUGGCAAAUUUCUUUGUACCAAUGGUUCAGCAAGGUCAGCAGGGUCAACGACCAGGGGGCAGGCGUGCAGGGGCUGGACCAGUGCAACAAAACCAACAGCCAGUGCCUCUGAUGCAACAGCAGAUGCUUCCUAGGGGAGGACGUAUGUACCGGUACCCGCCAGGUCGUAACAUGCCUGAUGUUCCCAUGCCAGGGGUUGCUGGUGGCAUGCUUUCUAUGCCAUAUGAUAUGGGCGGCAUGCCGUUGCGAGAUUCUGCAAUGUCUCAGCCUAUUCCUAUUAGUGCUUUGGCUUCUGCCCUUGCAAAUUCAUCACCUGAACAACAGAGAACGAUGCUGGGUGAAAGUCUGUACCCGCUAGUUGAUCAGCUAGAGCAUGAAAUGGCAGCUAAGGUUACAGGAAUGCUUUUGGAGAUGGACCAGACUGAGGUCUUGCACUUGCUGGAAUCACCUGAAGCUCUGAAAGCAAAGGUUGCAGAGGCCAUGGAGGUUCUGAGGAACGUUCAACAGCAGCAGCAGGCAAGCAGUCCAACUGACCAAUUGGCUUCGCUGUCGCUGAAUGACAACCUCAUCUCCUGAGCGCAUGCAUGUGCAUAUGUUUGGGGUUUCACUUUAAACUUAUUUGUGAGUACUGGAUUUUAAACAAUUUUAGGAGUGUUUCUGUUACACUGUUGAUUCACUUCUAUCGGGAGUAAACUGGAUUUUUGUUUUAGGAUCUUGAAAUAUGUUUUUAUUUUUUGAUGGAAGAAAUAUGCUGUUAUUUAUGUUU